AUGUUUGACACUUCACGUAAGAUCUAUUGCAGAUUGCGGGUAGGGCCGGCCGACAGACAUCCUAGUCGCCAGCCAUCAACCAACACCAUGUCGGAAAGGACUCGGAAGGACAGCGAGACGUCCAGCGACUCGUGGUCCAUCGUCGACGACGUCAAGAAGGUCGGCCAGGACCGACUGACGGACGACGACGACGUCGGCGAGUACUACGACGAGAACGGAGAGCUCUGCGAGGUUCCAUCCAAUUUUAAUCAACUGAGACAAAUAUCUGUUUAGUACACGGAUGAGUCAGAAGAAGCUAGCGAUUUGGAGGAUCCAUACAGCAGCACUGAAGACGAAGAUUCCAGCGUUGAGACGGAGGCUGAAGAACAAGAGGAAGAAGUAGAGGAACAGGAAAAUCAAAAAGAAGAGGAAGAAGAAGAAGAUGAUGAUGAUGAAGAUGUCGACGAGGAGAGUGAAGUCGACGAGGCGGAAGACGAGGUAUCAUCCUUUAAUAUUCGAUUGAUUUUGGGUUUUGAAAAAUUUUAUGGAAAACAAGAAAAUACCAAAAUGUGGUCCCAACAAUGGAAGGUUAUGAAGGUGUCCUGAAACAUAAGAAUUCGAGAGGGGUCUCAAAUGGGUUAGGAAGGAAAACAACCCGUAUAGGGGCCGAAAAGUGGUACCUAUAGGGAUAAAAUUAAGGCGGUCCCUAUAAGGGUUUAGGGCAAAACCCUUAGCUUCUGAAGUUUUAGUGGUCCCUAUAGGGGUCUUUAAAUUUUAUUCAAAAAGGCUAUUUUUUCAGUUUUCCCCAUGAAAAUACUUCUACGAUUAGGGUUCAUAAAAAUUAUCGACUAGCAUUUCCACUAAAGGGACCACUUUUUAAAACUUUAGGAGCCCCUAUAGGGAUUGGUAAAGUGGUGCCUAGAGGGUCCCUAAGGUUGCCUCUAUAGGGAUCACUCUGGAGCUCUUAAGACUUGAGUUUCUCCAUAUCAACUUUCAUGAGCUCUUUUUUUGAUGAUUAUAAGUCCGAAUUCGGCUUUUUCAGAUAUACAUCGUCGACGAGAACGAAAAAGAGGUUAUGGAGGGUGCGGCCAAGUACUUUGUCUCCCCGGCGUGCAUUCCGGAGCGUUUCUCUCAGUUGUGUCCGUUUCUUGCUCCUUUUCCUAUACCUCCCCUCUCCCAAUUUCUCCGAAGAGCCAUCGGCAUUUUCAGGCCACGAUUUGGAAUGGAACUUGGACUUCGAAACGACGAUCAACCUGAUCGUCAUCCUGAUGUUGCCGCUCUACGUCGUCUGUUUCGCCUACUACGUCACGCCUGCUGUCGCCGCUAAGCAGGUUCGAAUCGUUUUCCCUCUUAGGUUUUAUAGUGUUUAGUUAAUCUUUUAUAGAUCCUUUUUUUUUACAACCAACGAUCUAACUUUUAGCUGAAGCAACAAAUUAGGAGUGAAAAUUUUUAUGAAAGUAACAUAAAUUUUGCAAGUUUUGCCAAGCUUAGGAACUUUAGAGUGGCCCCUUUAGAGGGAAAACAACCCUUGUGGGUAGAGGGAAAACAACCCUUGUAGGGGCCGAAAGAGUGGUCCCUAUAGGGUAAGAUUAAGGUGAUCCCUAUGGGAGUUUGAAGUCUGACCCCAUAGCCCCUAGAGUUCAUAGCGAUUAUCGACUAGCAUGUCCCCUAUAAAGACCACUUUUGCAAGCUUCAAUGAAGCCAAUAGGGUUGGUGAAGGGUUUCCUAGAGGGUACCCUAAUUUUGCCCCUAUAGGGACCACUCUGGAGCUCCUAAGAUGGGAAUAAAUCCACUCAUACAACCAAGUUUCAGAAUGAACUCAGCCUGCAGAGCUGGGGGCUGCCUGUCGGAAAGUUCUGGUCGAAUAGGACAGCCGAAGACGGGUCCGUUUGGUACAGGGUUGGUAAAUGACGUCAUUUUGGGGAAUGUGAAACCUUUUUUUGCAGUUUGACGACUCACCGAAGUAUUGCUGGAAGCCGAACAACAAAACCAAAGUGGAGAUAAGCCCAGCCAGUUACAGAAAACCUAUUGAACAGGUAAGAUCUCUCCUCAAUGAUAAGUAUGGAGACAAGUUCAGACACACAAGAAAUCGCGGGUGGUGCACAGAAACUUCAGCUCGUAUUCAUCCCCAAUGGAGAUGCGAUUGGACUAUUUGAAGGUUUUCAUGGCCCAAUAUCUGCGUAUCAAAGGAAUUUUUAGAAACUUGCCAUCGCAUUUAAAAACAACAAAGACGUGGAGGAGAACUGGGAGGCGUGGAUCGAAGCCUUCCGUCAGGAAAGGCAGUUCGCCACGUACUCCUCGCAAAAGACUACCGUACUUUCAUUCGUGUCCUCGACUUGAUAUUGAACCGACUUCAGGCGCUGUCGAAAGUGCAGAAGCCGCCGACGUCGGUCCGUCGUUUGCCACGCGUCUUCAAGCCGCGCUAUGGUCCCUGCUUUGAGGUUCGGACCUUGUCAAAUGAAAAAAAAACUCGUUCGGUUUUAGAAAAACCUGUCCUUUGCCCCGUGUAGAUCCGAGAACAACUGGCCGAGUGUUUACAAGAACGAAGAUUUUCAAUCAAAAAGACCCCAGGUAGACACAAUCUUCCAUUGAACUGUUAUAGUCAAUGUUUCCCGACUUGAAAGGCGAAGGGGGCGGGAUGCAUAGCGUGUGUGUUCGCGGUUCUUGGCACGAGUUCAAUUCAAUUGUCGCCGACUAUUUAAAAAGCUCGGCAACCGCUCUUUUUCAACGUUUUCUACUAUUUUUUGAUGCACACAUGAACAUAAUCAAUAAAUAAUUGAAAACGAAAUGAUAAAAGCGAAAAACCGGCUUUUUAAAGAGUAGAUGGCGAUUGAAUUGAACAAGUGGCAAGAACCGCGAACGCACACGCUACGCGUCCCGCCUCCCUCGCCUUUCAAGUCGGGAAACACUGACUAUAGCAAAAGAUUUCAGGUUCGCCGUUUCGCAAAGCGUCAGCCAAGGUCCGAACCCCCCCAUCCCAAGACUAACUACGCCCCUACCGUUUACUCCAAGGUUUUUUGGAAUCUCAGUGAACUGAAAUUGCUCUUUUCAGAAGGCCAGCCAGUCAAUGCGCUCCAACAAAAAUAAACAUCAAGGACAGUGUGACGGACGUCAACAGGUCCUUUCGACAUUAUAACAUUGACCGGUGAAGUUUCAGCGUUACCUCCGUCCCCAAAGACCUUGCAUCCAAAGGAAACACGAUCUUCCCUGCACAACGAGUUACUCGGAGACUCCCAAGAGAGCUCCUUUGGGUUAGUGGGAUCGAUUGAAAUAAAGCUUUCAUUUCCAUUUAGUGACCAAAAGAGUGGAUAAGAAGAAGCCCCAGAAGGAGGCGAAGAAGGCGAAGAGCCACGACUGGUUCACCCAGCGGAGCAAGGCCCGUGCCACUAUGCGACACUUCUGA